AGUGGCUCGGACUGGACUCGGAGGAAAGAGGAGCAGAGCGGUCAGCAUCCGUGGCUUUGAGUCGGGGUGAGAUGUUCAUCUUCACUGGACUCCCUCUGACUGAUGCUGUUUGUCUGUAAAACCACCCUCCAGCAUCAUGAGCUCCUCAUCAGCCAACCUGCACAGCCAGAGACUGUCCUCAGAGACAGAGCACGCUCAGAGACAUCCAGAUGUGGAGGCAGCACAGCAGCAGAAGCUCAGAGAGAGGCAGCGCUUCUUUGAGGAGGUGAUCCAGCAUGAAGUGGAUGUCUACCUGUCCUCAGCACACCUGUGCAUCAGGGACUACAAGAGACCUCCCAUCAGCAGCAUCUCCUCCAUGGAGGUGAACGUGGACCUGCUGGACCAGAUGGAGCCGACUGACAGCUCCGAUCAAGACAAUUUGGACGUAUUCUUCAGCCCUGUGGGAGACGAGGGGUCGCUGACCUCUCCGCUGGCAGGAGACAACAGUACCGUCGGUGACGGGCUUUUCCGGCACGUCCUCGAGAGCCUCGACCGCAAGACCCGGAUGUCUUCCACAUCUUCAGACUCGUCCUCGGACAGCCAGAACAUCAACAGGGCAGAGACCCCUGUGGUGGGCUCAGACGAUGAGGAGACCCAGAACAGCAGAGCUGAGCGGGGAGGAGCCUCAGCAGGCAGGAAAGACAGAAAAACCCAGAACCUGCAUCCAUCUUUACAGGAAACUGAGUCUGCAGCAUGAAGCUGUUUGUGAUGGACACGUCAGACAGGGGCAGGGACAGAGACAAACCAGGUCUCAUCCACAGCAGGCUGUAAAGCUGAMAUUUUACAGGCCGUAAAAUGUAAAUACGUCAACUGUGAUUAAAUUACUCUUCUUUUUACUUAGAGUCUGAGGGAUCACUUUUACUAAACCUGAUGAAUUAAAGCAAUAAACUAAAUAAAAAGUUUAAUUUCUACAAAAAUUGCCUUUUGAAAUUUAGAUGAUUAGUUUUUGACUAACAACCCAUUGUGAUGUCUCUGCUACGACAAGGACUUUUCUACAUCUGAUUUUAUGUUUUGUGUCUUGUUUUAAUAAUAAAGGAACAGAGGGAAAAUGC